GUUCAAAGAGAGUUAACUGUAUUCAUCUUGGGCAUCCUGUGUUUAUAACCCACUCUCACGCGGGUAUCAUUGCAAAGGUAUCCCAAGAGGCAAACAYUACUAAUGCAAAAUGGCGGACGACGRUGUCGGCAUUGAAUGUGGAGUUCUACAAUAAUUUGAUUGUUUUCGAUAAUGUUUGGGGAARAGUCUAGUAAAGUCUUAYUGGCUUCUGGUUAUUUGGCCAGUAAUCGAUAGAAGGAAACAUGUAUUCAUCAGUAUGCCCGCCAGACCAGGAACAAGCAAAGACACCUGAUGGAGUCUCUCAGAGGAACUGGAAGAAAUUCCAGGAAUUGAAGGAAAGGAGACAAAAGAUGCGCAAGAAAACUCCAGAAAAAACAAGGAAAAGGUUUCAACCCAAACUAACUGAAUCUGCAUGAAAAAGAAAUCAACAAAGCAAUUGAAAAAGGUGAUUUCAGAGAAGCAGAUUCCCUUAGUGAGCAGCUUGUGGCUCAAGAGUUUGUGAAUAAAGCAGCCAUUGCUAUUAAGAGCAGAGACUUUGAUGAGAAAAGAAAAGSACAAGAACAGCAAAACACUGAAAAGAGAAAAAAGAGAAAACUUCAUUGGGGUUUUGAGCAAAAACAGCGAUGGGAAAGCAAAGGAAAUAUGUAAUGCUGGUUGGACUGAUGAAAAAAUGACAGAAGUCAAGGUUUUAUAUAGCAAACUAAACACAUUAUUCCCUUAACUAGGAAUCGUUUUCUGAACUUGAAUAACAAGAACUGACAUCAUUGGCAGAUAUCAUAAUGACUAAAAUUCUAAAAGCUUCUGCAAAAAGAGGAGUAAUUUGCACAUUAYUAUCAAAGGCUAAUUUAUGUCAUAGAACAAGACUCAAAUCACAGUUCAAAAGCCUCCAACUUGCCAUAGGAAAUCAGAUACUGCAAGUCACRCACAUCAACCGUUCCGUGUAAAUCCACCUAUGAAAUGCACUGUAUAUCCUUUCAACUUUGAUUCAGUGUUGGAGUGACUAUGAAACACUAUCCAAGGUGCAUUUUUAACUUAGAGCACAGAACCAAACAUUAAAUUUGUAGAGUUUUCUAAUUUUGGAGCAUUAUAAGCUAUUGUAGUACAAUCAUUCUUGUGUUUACAAAAACUUAUAAAGUAGAAUUUACUCUCUCAUAAAAAGAGAUUAAGACAAGCCUCUCGCGCGGGUGUCUAACAAAGUAAAGGCUGGUAUCACUGAACUGUGUACUCUGAAAUUUUGACCCUAAGCACAGGUGRCUAAACUAUGAUAAUAUAAUUACACUUCUUUUGAAAUAUGCCUGGUGCAAUAAUGUCUCUUUUGAAGGAGGAGAUACAGCAAUAAGUUAAGCUUCUUUGUCUUUGAUUUAGGAUAAUUGGAACACUAAUAUYCAAAGCCUAUAUAUCCCUGUGAAGUGAGUUGUAACAUCUAAGGUUAUAAACACUCAGUUGUGCAGUCUUGCAAAAAGAAGAAUAAAAGAAAGUUCUCAACUAA